GCCCUGCCCAGUAACAUGGCAUACUUCGGAAGCUCUCAGGAAGAGGAGGAUCUGGAGCAGGACGAAGAGGAGGAGGAGGUGACGAGGAGCGGAGGUGGUGUUCACCCCCAUGCUGGAGGCGGCAGCAACAGCCAGGCCUCGGCCAACUCCUCUUCCUGUAACUCCACGCCUCGCAAGGGCAAGCCCCCCGCCCGCCAGCCCCUGAACGGGCAUGUGUUCAACGGCCAUGGUAAGGCGGGCACCAGGGAGAGCCCGCGCCCCAAGGCCGGAUCCCAUGGCAGGGAGACCCCCGCCCCACCACUGCCACCUCCUCCGCCUCCACCUCCGCCCCUCCUGAGGGAGCGCAGUGAGCGGGCGGAGGCGCGGGAACAGGUGAGGGAGCAGCAGGCCCUGGCCAACAGCAGAGGCCCGGCCGCCAACGGCCUGCCGCCCAGGAGAGCCGCGGAGGAGCUACGCAAGCAGGUCUCUAAAGUGAACGGGCUGACACGGGCGGGCUCGGCACACGCCGCUGGCAGUGCCAAAAAGGGCCGUGACUUCCGACUGCCGUCCAAAACUGUGAAGAAGUACACAGCCACCGUGUCCAAGGGCCACGUCACUUACACCAAAGCCAAACAGAGAGAACUGGGCAAGAAAACCAAACUCAGCAGCAGCAGCAACAAACACAACAACUACAGCAGCAGCAGUGCCGCCGCCGCCACUGCCGCCAGCGCCACGGCAACGUCGUCAGCGAACAAUCACAAUCAGCACAGCCAGCCAGCAGCCAGCAACGGGCUGGUCCACUCAGGAAAAGCUGCGGCGCCGGCCUUCCACAGCAAUGCAAAAACCCGCAAACAGGUGCUACUAUCCAACGGGCUGCACAAGGUGGCUGCCGGGGCCCGCCUCAACGGUAGGCUGAACGGGCAGCGGCACAACGCCCAAGUCAAGGAAGACGGGCAGAAAGCGGGGCAGCCGACCCAGGGCCAGGGGGAGUGCGCGGGCCGAGAGGGGCUGCGUAACUCCAAGCGGCGGCUGGAGGUGGUCCUUAGCGCUGUGGGGACGGGAGCCGGUGAGCAGAAAGCCAAGCCGGCCAUCACCGAAGCCAAGAAGGCCAAGCUCCAGACGGCACCGCUGGAGACGCGCAGCAGCAGCAAGAAGGUGGCCAAUCAGGAUAGAGCUGCCGCCCAAGCCGCCGCCCCUUCCACACCAGUGGCUAACGGACACGUGGUGAAACUGCCCCCUCCUCCUCCCCCUGCUACUCUUCCUGCUCCACCCGUUGCCCAGACUCCGCCUACUCCUCUCCCUCCUCCUCCUGCUCCUCAGAAAACCCCACCUCCUUCUACACCAGCAGCCAAUGUGGAGCCGGUGAACCAGCGACCCAAGCGGGCGUCGGCCGGCAAGCUGAUGUUGAUUCGACAAGCACAGCAGCAGCAGAGCAGGUCUCACGGUCGGAGCUCCUCCUCCUCUUCUUCCUCUUCCUCCUGCUCUUCCCCUUCAAUGGGCCAGAACCACCCACAGAAUCCCAGUCGAGCCAGCACUACCUCAAACCCCCAGGAAGCCCCUGCCAUGGCCUCCAUCCCUCUUACCUCCUCCUCCUCCUCCUCCAACCCUGGACAGCCCAAACCAGCAGCCUCUCGGCCAGUCGACCGCGACAAGGAGUGGGAGCGCGAGAAGGAGAUGGCGCGCCAGCAGGAGCGCGAGCAGGACCGAGAGCGGGAGCGCCAGAGAAGCCGGCCCGAGGGGUGGCCGGCGCUGGGCGAGGCCCCUGUCUUCCGGCCGGCGCCCCGGGAGUUCCAGGACCCACUGGUGUAUCUCGAUGUGGUGAGGGAGCGGGCGGAGUCCGCCGGCCUGUGCCGUGUGGUGCCGCCACCUGACUGGCGGCCGGAGUGCAAGCUGAGCGAGGAGAUGCGCUUCGUCACGCAGGUGCAGCGGGUCCACAAGCUGGGCCGGCGGUGGGGCCCCAAUGUACAGCGGCUGGCCUGCAUCCGGAAGCACCUCAAAUCUCAGGGCAUUACCAUGGACGAGCCCCCUGUCAUUGGUGGCUGCGAGGUGGACCUGGCGCGUUUCUUCCAGCUCAUUAACGACAUGGGCGGCAUGCAGCAGGUGAUGGACCUGAAGAAGUGGACCAAGCUGGCCGACCUCCUGUGCAUCCCCAAGUCGGCACAGGACCGGCUGGCCAAGCUCCAGGAGGCCUACCUGCAGUACCUGCUCUCCUACGACUCACUCAACGCCGAAGACCGCCUCCGGCUGCAGGCCGAGGUAUUGCAGGAGAAGAAGAACUUGGAGUCGCGCCGAGGCCCACUGGAGGGCCACUCAGACUCGUCGGCGCCCGGCGCGCUGGCACUACCGCGCUAUGAGCCCAAGAAUGGGCUGGUGGGCGGUGUGGUGGGAGGGGCAGUGGGGCACCACCGCACCAAUGGGGUGUGCCACCGUCUGAAGGAGCUGGAGGCUCAGGUGAAAGCGGGCCGGCGCCGGCUUUUCGCUCAGGAAAAACAAGGCAAGGAGGACAGGCAGCACGGGGAGGAUGAAGAUGAGGAGGAGGAAGAGGAGGACAGGAGCGUUCUCAGUGACCAGCACAAGUGUAUUUACAAGGGGAAAUCAGUGUCUUUGACCAACUUCUUCAGGAUAGCCCGGAAUACCAUGACCAUGUGCUUUAACAAGGAGCCCGGGGCCGCCGAGGUUGAGCAAGAGUACUGGAGGAUCGUGGAGCAGAGAGACUGCCACGUGGCAGUGCAUUAUGGGAAGGUGGACACCAGUACACAUGGGAGUGGUUUCCCCACGGGAAAGUCAGAGCCAUUUUCUAAACAUGGAUGGAACCUCACCGUCCUCCCAAAUAACUCUGGAUCCAUUCUUCGGCAUCUGGGUGCUGUGCCCGGGGUGACCAUUCCCUGGCUAAACAUCGGCAUGGUCUUUUCUACCUCAUGCUGGUCUCGAGACCAAAACCGCCUUCCAUACAUUGAUUACUUACACACUGGUGCUGAUUGCAUUUGGUAUUCUGUCCCUGCUGAGGAGAAGGCUAAGCUGGACAAGGUCGUCCAUACACUGCUUCAGGCCAAUGGCACCCCAGGACUAGAGAUGUUGGAAAAGAACAUUAUGAUCUCCCCGGAGGUUCUGUGCCGCGAGGGCAUCAAGGUUCACCGUACGGUCCAGCGGAGUGGCCAGUUUGUUGUCUGCUUCCCCGGUGCCUUCGUCUCCAAAGUGAGCUGUGGCUACAGCGUGUCGGAGACGGUGCACUUCGCCACGCCACACUGGAUGAACUUGGGCUAUCAGGCUGCCAAGGACCUGAAGUGCCGCUGUAUACCCAAGCCCUUCUCAAUGGAGAAGCUACUGUACCAGAUCGCCACGGCCGAGUCCAAGAGAGACAACAGCCUCCUUCUCAACACCAUCUCCACUCUUCUCAAAGACCUCAGGAACAUAGAGAUGCGCCAACGGCAGGAACUGUACAAGGCAGGUCUGCUCUCCUCUGCCCGCUAUGGCACACACGAUGGCAGCCUGGGGACCAACGAGGGCCGCAAGAAGCCCCGCGGCAAGUGGCUGGCACUGGAGUCCUCAGAGAGACGCUGUCAGACCUGUCAGCAUCUCUGUUACCUGUCCAUGGUGGUCCAGGAGACUGACAACGUGGUCUUCUGUCUGGAGUGUGCCCUGCGCUACGUGGAGAAGCACAAGUCCUGCAGAGGUCUUAAGAUGAUGUACCGAUAUGAUGAGGAGCAAAUCAACAGUUUGGUGAACCAGGUGUGUGGUCGUGCCAUGGUGAAGACCGGAGGAGGAGGAGGAGCAAUAGGAGGAGGAGGAGGAGGAGGAGACCCCUGUCACACCCCCAGCCCCAUCAAGGCUUCGCCGGCCAAGCGAGGCCCCCGCAAGCGCGCCAACGUGGAGGUGUCCCUGGCACGCAUCUCCUCCACCCACAUACCCAAGGCAGCGGCCGUGUCCUGAGGACACCCUGACCCUUGACCUUGCCACCCCGUGCCCGUGCCCCCCCCCCCAAGUCUCCUCCUUUUUAUUUCACUAGAAUUGCUAUCAGUCCUCCACAACCAUGCCAUUUUUAAAUACAUUGUUUUUGGGAUUUUUAGAACCCCCACCCCAACACCACCUGACCUCACCCACCUAAAAAAAAUAUUAUAUCUCACUUUAUUCACCUCCCCCCUUAGUAUGACAAGCUUGUUUCUUAAGGAAAAAAGAACAAGAUGUCUUUUUUUGCACUAGAGUGAAAGAAGAAUUUGUUUUUUUCUUUUUGGAUGAUUUUAGAUUCCCAAGACCCCUCAAGUCGUCCGAUAUAAGCAUUAAGUGUACAGUUCACAGAUAUACUUGAUGGGCCCCGUUUUACCUUUUGUGCCCCCAGCCACCUGCAGACGGCACCCCUCACCUUCCUCCCUCCUCAUCAUGCGUCACUCAACUGUGAACACGGGACGAACGAUACGGUGGUCUCCUGUUUUUAUUAACUUUUUUUUUCUUUUAAAGUUUGAUGUAAAAUUCAAAUGACAACAAGUAGUUACCCAAAGUUUAACUCUGUCCUUGGUCCGAGGAAGAGGAGUUCUUUACAAUUUUGUUUUCCUCUGUCUUGAUGCAGCUCCUGCGAUUAAAAAAAAAAAAAAAAAAAAACAGAAACUAGAAAACGCAAAAAGGGGGGGUGGGGGAGUUGGCGACACGAGGUAAAAACUUGAAAGACAGACGAUGUUGGUUUUAUUAUUGGUUGGCUUUGUUUUUAAGUUCUAUUUUAAAACUUUAGCUUUGUUUUUGCUAGUUUUGCUGUUUUUUGCAAGAAGUCUUCUGUGUAUUUGAUUUUUGUCGUCAAUGUUUCUUUUCCUUGGCGGACGUGAGAGGGGGUGGGGCCACAGCUGGUUGGCCUCUGAUUGGCCGCCACCCGCCUCACUUCCUGAUAGUAUGGAGGGAUCCUUCCUUCGCUAGCGAGUGGAAACUGUGCCUGAUAUAUAGCGAGGAGAUCCAUUUUUUUGGUGCUGUUGGUUAAAAAUUACUGUAUAACAAAUACAAAAAGAUAAAAUCCGGGGGUUUACGCUCGCUAUCAGCUAACGGCGUGUUAGCGCACCCCCAUCCCACAGGGCGGAAAAACCUUUAGGCCUUUCCGGUUCUAGAUGUGCAAUCGUGUUAACAUUCCAUUCUUCCAGUCCUCUUGUUUCAUCUGUACCAGUAAACAUUAAUUAUUAUAUUAUAUUAUUAUUUUGUUUUUUGAAAAUUUUUUUGGUCUGAUGUGCUAUCUCAAGUAGAGCCACUAGUCAAAGAGUGUAAAAUGUGAAAUAUGAAUUGAUUUUUGUUUUUUGUUUUUUUUUCCUUUAACUGUCCUUUGUUUUCUGGCCUUUGCAUUUUUUUCCCUUUUCCAGAUGUAUUAUGAGUGAUUUUUAGAGAGAGAAAAUGUCCGACACAAACAAAACAUCACCUUUUUGUACAUAAUCCUGUAAAUUUCUUUAAAUACUUGAGCCUUUUUCUGGGGUUAAGGAAGGAAGGAAGGACGGAAGGAAGGACGGAAGGAGGGAGGGAGGGAAAGGAAAAAGGAGAGGGAGAAAGUUCCGGAGGGGAGUGCUUGAUGAAGAAAAAGCCUUACAUUACCCUUUCUUCAUCCGUGUGAGUUUGACGCUUACAGGGUUGCUCUGGUAAACGUGUAUAAAAAUUUUAAGUGCUGCUUAUAUCACUAAGAAAGAAGAUAUGGAGUAGCAACCGACCCCCCCUCCCCUCCCCUCAACCUAGUUUUGUUUGUUUAGCUUUACUUUUUUAAAGAAAAGGGAAAAAAAGAUAUGUUCACAAAAAAUGGGUUUUUACAUUUUCAUUACUGAAAAUUCAACAAAAAUGUAGUAGCUACUCAUGUUGCACUGAGCUUGCCAGUGGUGACUGUCAAGGAAAAAUCCUAUAAUCCAGUUUGUUGGUUGUCGUCCCUCACAGAAGACUGAACUGUUUUAGGACUAUUUAAUGAAAUACCAAGUCGGGUGUUUUCAACAUUUAAAAAAAAAAGGUGGUUGUCAAGUUUUUAUGGCCUUACAAUAUAUUCUAACAGGAUUUUUUUUCUUUGUUUUGCAGUUUUUUUUGUUUUUUUUGUUUUUUGGUUUUCUUCCAUUUUCUACAAUUUCAACUAGUUGCUCACAGUGGGGUCUCUGGCAACUUAAUUUAUUAGUACUGCGUCUCGGCCUUUCCCUUCACUUGGAAAGAGAGUCUCAUGUUGGUUAUAUUGACAGUUUUUUACUUUUGCAGUUUGUACUUAAGGUUUAAUAAAAAC